AUGGAGACUUCCUGUGUGUUUGGCAACGGGUUUCAGCAUAUCCUCACCCGCCCUUCACCCAUAACCUCCUCGGUUUCCAAUCCCAGACCUAACAAGAAGUCUCAAUCCACCGGUGCGAUUACUCCUUCUACCACAUCUACUAUUCUCCGUGAGCCUUUCAGUAGACCCACAAAUGCCUCGACCACACGCUCAAGACAUCAUCUGUCAGUUUCCUAUAAAGCAAGACAAUCUGCUAUUCUUGAUAUUCAAGAGUCCUCUGAUUUGGACUCUGCUCUUGCAAGGUCAGGAAGGAUGCUGAGAGUGCAAGAUUUGAAUGUUAUUUUGCGCCAUUUUGGGAAGCUUAACAGGUGGCAGGAGCUUUCUCAGGUUUUUGAUUGGAUGCAGCAGAAUGGAAAGACUAGUAUUGCUUCUUACAGCAGUUAUAUAAAGUUUCUGGGGAAUAGCCUUUAUUCAGUUAAGGCUCUGGCACUCUACAAUAGCAUAAAAGACAAGUCAACCAGGAAUAAUGUCUCUGUUUGCAAUUCUGUUCUUAGUUGUCUGGUGAGGAAUGGAAAGUUUGAAAACAGCAUCAAACUUUUUCAGCAGAUGAAAUAUGAUGGUCUAAUACCAGAUAUUGUUACAUACAGUACGCUACUUGCAGGCUGCACCAAAGCUAGGGGUGGCUAUGCUAAGGCAUUAGAAUUGGUUCAGGAGCUCAAGUGUAAUGGGCUGCGCAUGGACAGUGUAAUCUAUGGGAUUCUUCUAUCUGUCUGUGCAUCAAAUAAUCAAUGCAAAGAAGCAGAGAGCUACUUUAACCAGAUGAAGGAUGAAGGUCAUCCUCCAAAUGUUUUCCAUUACAGCUCUUUGCUCAAUGCGUAUUCAAUGGAUGGAAAUUAUGAGAAGGCUGAUGAGUUAGUUGAAGAGAUAAAAUCUGCAGGGUUAGUACCAAAUAAGGUUAUUUUGACGACUUUGCUGAAGGUAUAUGUUAGGGGAGGUUUGUUUGAAAAAUCAAGAGGACUGUUCAAGGACCUAGAAGCUCUGGGCUAUGCUGAAGACGAGAUGCCAUAUUGUUUACUGAUGGAUGGCCUUGCAAAGGCAGGACAUAUAUAUGAAGCCAAAUCAAUAUUCGAUGAAAUGAAGAAAAAAGCUGUGAAAACUGAUGGCUACUCUUACAGUAUUAUGAUUUCAGCAUUCUGCCGAAGUGGGCUUCUCGAAGAAGCAAAGCAAUUGGCUUGUGAUUUUGAAGCCGAAUAUGACAGAUAUGACGUGGUUAUUUUGAAUACAAUGCUAUGUGCAUACUGCAGAGCAGCAGAAAUGGAGAACGUAAUGAAAAUGAUGAAGAAAAUGGAUGAAUUAGCAAUUAGUCCUGAUUGGAAUACUUUCAAUAUUUUGAUUAAAUAUUUCUGCAAGGAGAGGUUGUACAUGCUUGCUUAUCGCACUAUGGAGGACAUGCACAGGAAAGGCCACCAACCAGAGGAGGAACUUUGUUCCUCCUUAAUUUUUCAUCUCGGUAAAAGUGGUGCCCAUUCAGAAGCAUUUUCUGUAUACAAGAUGUUGAGAUAUAGCAAGAGGACAAUGUGCCAGGCCCUUCAUGAGAAGAUUCUGCACAUUUUAAUUGCUGGACGACUUCUCAAAGAUGCAUAUGUGGUUGUCAAGGACAAUGCAAGGUUUAUAUCUCGGCCUGCUAUGAAGAAGUUUGCAACUUCAUUUAUGAAAUUGGGCAAUGUAAAUUUGAUAAAUGAUGUAAUAAAAGCUAUCCACAGUUCUGCCUACAAGAUAGAUCAGGAAGUAUUUCAUAUGGCCAUAUCUCGUUAUGUUGCACAUCCCGAAAGAAAGAACUGCUUCUCCAGUUGCUGCAAUGGAUGCCAGGUCAAGGCUAUGUUGUUGAUUCGUCAACAAGAAACCUAA